AUGUCGCAGGAGGCACGAAUUUCGCAGCCAAAGGCCCAGCAGGAGGAGUUUGUCGAGACUAUCGAACCCUCACAACAAUCUGCAGCCCAGGCAGGUCACUCGACUAUCCUCACCCCCGAGAACAACGCGAAAGUCCUUCGAAAGAUUGACUUGCGUCUGCUUCCCAUUCUCCUAGGAAUCUACUUCCUCCAGCAACUCGACAAGUCAACCAUCUCCUAUGCCUCAAUUUUUGGCAUUGUUGAGAAAGCAAACCUCCAUGGCCAUCAGUACUCCUGGUUAGGAGCCUCGAUUUAUCUGGCUCAGCUGGUGUUCCAGCCCCUGGUCGCCUACAUUUUGGUCAAGGUGCCCCUGGGCAAGUUCCUGGCUGCGUCGUGUCUUCUUUGGGGUAUUGCUUUGUCUUGCAUGACAGCAGCAACCAACUUUGGAGAGCUUCUUGCUUGCCGAAUCUUCUUGGGUAUCUUUGAGGCUGGAAUUGCCCCGGCUUUCAUUGCAGUUACUCAAAUGUGGUACCGGCGUCGUGAACAGCCAGUGAGAUUGAGUUCCUGGUACGCAAUGAAUGGAGUCGUGAACAUGUUCGGAAGUUUGAUUGCAUAUGGACUGGGACACAUCCGCUCUUCUAUCUUUGCACCCUACCAGAUCAUUUUCCUUUUCUUUGGUCUGGUUACCGUUGCGUUCGCUGCCGUCAUCCUUGUCUUCAUGCCUGACUCCCCCGUCUCGGCCAAAUUCCUCAACGAAGAAGACAAACUACUUGCGAUUGAAAGACAGCGGAUGAAUCAACAGGGUGUGGAGAGCCAGGAAUGGAAAUGGGACCAUGUCAAGGAAGCAUUCCUCGACCCCAAGUCAUGGUUCUGGUUUGCGUUGAUGUUCUCAAUCUCUGUCCCAAGUGGCGGUAUCACCACCUUCGGUCCAUUAAUCAUCAAGUCCUUCGGUCUCAGCCAAUAUGACACCAUGUUGUUCAACAUUCCAUUUGGAGCUGUUCAGCUUGUCGCAACUAUGGGAAGUGCAUGGCUGGCGACUUUUUGGAAGAUGAAAGGCCCUGUGGUGGCAUUGCUAUGCCUUCCUCCUAUCGCCGGAUGUGUCAUGCUCUUGCAGAUUACGCACGACGCUGCCCACAAGGGACCUUUGCUUGCGGGAUACUAUAUUAUUUCUGUAUACCCAGCUAUCACUCCAUUGAUCUACUCAUGGUCCGCAGCAAACACUGCUGGAGAGACUAAGAAGAAGGUUACCACCGGUAUCCUUUACGUUGGACAGUGCGCUGGUAAUGUUCUCGGUCCCAACCUUUAUACCACUAAUGAGGCACCACUUUACCGUCGUGGACUUCUAUCCAACCUGGCACUAUUCUGUGUGUUGAUACUGCUAACCGGGGCAAACAUGGCAUACCUUCAAUUCCUGAACAAGAAGCAUGAACAGAGACGUGUGGCUGUUGGAAAAAGUGCCAAGCUCGUCGAUCAGUCAAUGCAAGCUGUCCAAGUCGCUUCGGACGACAAAGAAGAUCUGCCUGUCCAACAAAUGGUGGACAAUAGCUGGAAAGACCUGACUGACUGGCAGAACGAGGAUUUCGUCUAUGUAUUCUAA